UAUGACAAGUGACAACCCGUACUGUUAUGAAUAGAUACUAAGUGUUUUUAAAUUUGUUUGUACUUGCCGUUUGCAGUGCGAGGUUGUCGUUUGUGUAAACAAAACGUUGAUUAAUGUUAUGAAAUUCUUGUAAACAACAGGAAAAAUGACUUCGAGAUUUAAAAUCGAAUGUGACCUUCCAACUACCAGGGACGAUCAUGAGGAAAAACCUUCACACUCAGUGCCAAGUUUUUGCAUAUUAUUUCUACUCGGUUUCUACAUGCUGCUGGGUUUUAUAACAGGGGUCAUACAGAACGAUAUGCCGUCGGCCAUACAUGAAAAGGACAUUCCAAAAGAUGAUUGGAAGACAUUCAGCGAGGAGACAGCUGUCAAAUAUCUAUAUAGGAUACUCGGUGAUCAAGCCCGGGUAUCUGGUACUGUUUAUCACUUCGUCAAAACUAGAGAUCUGAAAUGGCUCUUAGAAGAAGUUACAGCAAAUUCAAAUUUACCUGUUCACAUUGACUGGCAAUAUGUAUCAGGUAACUAUUGGUUGGAGUUUGACCCGCCGUAUGUCAACUCAUAUGACAACGUGUCGAACAUUAUCGCGGUGCUGGAAGGGGAGAGCGGGGUGAAGGAGGGUAGUAUUGGAACAUCCAUAUUAGUCAACUGUCACUACGAUUCCGUACCUUUCGCCAUAGGUGCGUCUGAUAAUGGGAUUUUUUGUUCCGCAAUGGUCGAGAUCUUGGGCAAACUAUCCAGAAGAAAAGAGAAAUUCAAACAGAAUAUAAUCUUUUUAUUCAACGGCGCUGAAGAGAAUGUCUUGAUGGGUAGUCACGGCUUUUUAAAACAUCCCUGGGCUAGUAAUAUAAGUGCUGUCAUAAAUCUGGACUCAGCGGGUAUGAAUGGUAGACCGAGUGUUUUUCAAGUAACGAACCCCAAUAUUCUCAACCCCUACAGUAAAACCCCUAGGCCAACAGCGCAGGCUGUGGGUCAAUUCUUGUUUCAAAGCGGCAUCAUACCUUCAGACACAGACUUCAGGAUAUGGAGAGACUUCGGAAAUAUUACUGGUUUGGACAUAGCCUUCACGGAGAGCGGUCACGUGUACCACACGCGGUAUGACAAGCCGCAGCUGAUACAGGCCGGGGUCAUACAGCACGCGGGGGACAUGCUGAUGACGCUGGUGGGGGGACUCGCCGACCAGGCACACGAGCACGAACAGGACAGAUCGUCAUCCGUGUACUAUGACUACUUGAGCUUGUUCUUAGUAUCGUACAGUGAGAGAGUCUCUCAGAUCAUAGAUGGCAUGGUGGGCGCGCUCGGACUGCUCAGCGUCGUGUACUACAUGUGGCUGUUCGGACUGAGAUGGUCCGUGUUCAGGGAUCUGUUGUGUUCCUUGGCCGGCAGACUAAUUUGUAUCGUUGCUGGCGUACUAACAGUUGUAUUAUUGACACUGGCAACAAUAUUACUUGAUAUGGGUGUUGCCAGAUACAUGCAACUGAGAUACUUAUCGUAUAAGUGGCUGGUGGUGCCGCUGUAUUGGCUACCGUAUUUCACUUGCUAUAUAUUAGUCUCAUUUCUAUAUGAUGGUCGUUGCAACAACAAAGUGAAUCGUUCAAUAAAGAGCUUGCAAGCUAUGGCAGCCACCCGUCUUCUCCUGUCCGUCUUGCUGCUGGUGCUGGUCGCUUUACCGUCUUUGUCGAAAGUGCGUUAUGUGAUAACCGUGAUAGUGUUGAUGACGUCAGCGAGCUCUUUCAUCACAAUGACGAUGGUGAGGAGAUUUAGAUUGACGGGUGUCCAGCACCUCCUGCUGCAGGUGUUUCUCUCCGUUCCUCUCUCUCUCUUCCUUCUAUCUCUCUCUCUCCGUCUCUCUCCGUUUCUGUCGUCGAUCCUAGGCCGCUCGGGUACCAACUACCCCGACGUCAUGAUGGCGGGUGUCAGCGCCGCACUGGCUAUAGUCUUCGGUUUUGGCGUGUCAGGUAUCGAGUUGUUAUUCUCCAAGUCCUACAUGUCCCGUGUACUAUGUUCGUUGUUGUGUGUGUGGGUCGUGUUGUCGCUCGUGCCGAUAUCUCAGUACGGGGGCGAGGUCACACAGAGGCACUACUGGUUUCACACAAAAAUAACAACCUACAAUUCAAGUUUAGCGCCGGUCGAUGUGAAUUCGGGUGUGGUCGUAAUGAAAUUGGACCCGUACACCGUACAAUCAGCCUUAACGGCUAUAAGAGAGGGCCCGUUUUACUCCGACAGCGAGCAAACAAACGAAACAUUCAUCAAAGGAAUCAAAAUUAUCGAUGAAGAGUGCAAUGACCUCGUGAACUGCAACCUACCCUCGAUCAGACCACGGUUCGAUAAGUUCAUGAGGAACAGCCUCUUCCUCACCAUGGAACCACCGAGGGAGUUCAAUCGUUCGCUUAGCUUGGUUAACAAAUACUGCGACGGAACUGAAUGUCAUAUGAGUUUUAUAAUGCACGGUGCAGCUCACAACGCGAUCACUCUGUACCCAUACUUCAGUAUCACCGCCUGGUCUUGGUCACCGGAAGUGAAACCCACGACUACCUUCAAAAACAAGCCUCUGUACGUCAUAUACCACGCGUCCAAUACAUACGUGGAAUACUUCGCGCCUCUCGAGUUCAAUAUCACUAUGGAGGUGCCGGCAGCGAGACAACGCGAGAGCUUCGUAGAAAUAUCCCACCACUCGCACAGGAUCUACAAUCCGCAGGAUUUCACUGAAAAUUAUAUAAAACUACUGAACAGCAUGCCCGAGCACUUCAACACGGCCAGCUUCCUCUCCUUCCGCGAUAACUACGUGUUUUAAAUCGUAACGAAGGUUCCGCUGCUUUGUAUUUUUCAAUACAUUUUUAUUUUUGAUUUUU